AUGAAAUCAAUUACUUGGUUACUAUUCAUUUAUUUAUUUAGUUUAGUUAAUGGUAUACUCAUUGAUGAUGCAUUUACAAAUAGAGAAUAUAUUAAUUAUUUAUAUGGUGGGAAAUUAACUGAUUUGAAUGUAUUGAAUCAUGAUUUAUUAAUUGGUAUAAAUGAAUAUAAUCAAUUAUUAGGAAUAGAUAUAAUUAAUAAUAAUAAAAUACAAUGGAAGAUAAAAUUAGAUACCCUAAUCAAUGAAGAGUCAAAGUUGGUAACAUCAAAUGAUAGAAUAUAUAUCUAUGGAAAAGAUAAAGAAAUAAUUGAAAUUGAUUCCCAUGGUCAAUUAAACUUCAUAAACUUAUCAUCAGUAGCAAAGGUAGUUGAACCUGGCCAUGAUGGCAUAUUUGUAAUCGAUUCAAAUUCACAAUUAUAUUACAUUGAUUCAGAGUCUGAAUUUCACAAUUUAAAUCAAGUUGCGAAUAGAUUACGUGUCGAUGGGUCAUAUAUUAUAAUUGAUGAUUCAAAAUUGAUUAAGUUAAGUGAGUCGGGUUCAGUUUCUUGGUCCAUUUCUAUUUCAUUACCUUCAAUUAAACAAUUUAAAUCAAAUAUAAUCAUAACUGAAAAUGAUCAAAUUUUUAAACUUCAUAAUAAGAAAUUAACAAGAAUUGAAAAUGAUUCCUAUAAGAACAUACACAUCAUUGAUUCCAAUUAUUUAUAUUCUGUCUUGGAUGACUCAAUCAAGCUUAUAAAUUUAGAAAAGAAAGCAAAAGAAAUCAAGACGAUAAAAUCAGGAUCAAUUAUUGAAUUAUUACAAACUCCUAUACAUUCAUUCCUCAUAGUUUCAGAUUCAAAAUUGAAACGAAUUUACGAUUUGACUGAUUUGUUAGAAAGUAAAUCACCACACAGUAUAAAACAAAUCUCAAUUAAAGAUAACAAUAUGCCUUUUAAUUUUAUAGGUAUUAAAAAUGACGAAUUGGGAUUAAUUUCGAUAAAUAAUGAGUUGAGAGGUGAAUUUGUAAGUUUAUUUAAUGGAUUAAUCAUUGAUAAAAUAACUCCACAUAAUCAAUACUACUCCAAAAAUGGUCAAUAUUUAAUUAUAGAUCAUCCAGAAUCAGAAGAGAUAAAACAUGAAGUUGAACAUUUGUUGAAUUUAGAUGAUAGACUAGUGUUUUCAAAUUGGGUAAAGAGAGUAAUUAGACACUUAAGUGAACUAGGUCGUUUCGCAACAUCAAUAAAUAAUAUUAAGCUGAUUUUCAAAAGUUCAGAUGAGUCAAAUCAUGGAUUUAAUAAGUUGAUUAUAUUAUUUAAUGAGAAAUUCAUAGCUAUAAAUUCAAAAGAUGGAUCAAUUGAAUGGGAAACAGAUGUUAUAAACGACGAAUUCAUAAAAUUUAAGUCUGUGGGAGAUGAAAUUUAUUCAUUUUUUAAAAAUACAAUCGUGAUUAUAAAUUCAAGAGAUGGAAAAAUAGCAACAAGACCAAAUAAGAAUUAUAACAAUGUUAUUAACGUAGAUGGUAGUCUUGUAUUUGAAAAUGAAGAACAUUUCGUAAGUCCGUCACUAAUGAAUCGAAAAUCAUUCUUUAGAAAAGUAAAUGAAUUUGAAAUAACAGGACAUGUUAUACUCCCCAACACAACCAAUUCAAUCCCAACAUAUAAUUUAAAAUUCAAAGGACCAAUUGUAUCAAUUUCAAACAUCCUACUGAAUUUUAAAACUGCAUCUAUUGGAAUUCCACAAUUUGAUAAAUCUGUAUUAUAUAAGUAUCUUAAUCCAAAUUUGAUAUCCUUAAUUACAUUUGAUGAAGUUAUGAAACUAUACGUUAUUGAUGGAAUCAGUGGUUCUAUAAUUCAUGAAAUUGAACAUACGGAAACUAUAGAUCCUAAUUCAGUUAAUUUAAUAAUGGAUGAUAAUUGGAUAAUCUACAGUUUUUUUACAAAACAACCAAGAUUAGAACAAAGAAUAAAUGUCCUUGACCUAUUCAAUUCAACUAUUCCAGAUAUAAAAUCACAAAGUUUUAUAUACCCUGAAAGAAUUAAUAAAUUGAGUUCAACUAAUAGUCUAUAUGGGAUAACGACAAAGAGCGUAAUUGCAUAUACCGAAUCUGGAUCAUUGAUUGAAAUUCCAAAAUAUUUGAUAAAUAGUAAACGACCAAGCACAAUAAAUGCUCAAGAAUUAAGCAAUGAUUAUAGAUUAAUUCCAUACGAGCCAAUAAUUAAAAAAGAUGGGUUCAAGGUGAUUAAUCAUAAAUACCAACUCGAUGGUAAUACAGGUGAGAUUUUGUUAUCUCCUACAAAGUAUGAAAGUACUUCCAUUGUUUGCUUUUUCAAUAAGCAAGUCCAAUUUUGCAGUUUGAUUCAACCCAGUUCGUCUUUUGAUUUGUUGGGUAAGCGGUUUAAUAAGAUUAAGUUAAUGAUUACUGUUGUUUUAUUAUUUGUUGUUUAUAUUGUUACUAAACCAUUUGUAUUUAAGAAGAAAUUGAAUGCUAUUUGGAUAUAA